GUUGAUCGAUGUGACUGACGAAAUUGACGGAGAAGAAACGAAUAUCAAAAAAUUAUUAUGUUACUUAAGUGUUUAAUUAUAUAAAUUGCUCAAUGUGUAAUUAAUUGUAAAACGAAUCGGUGCAAUCAAAUCAAAGACGUAAUAGUCGUUUGAACGAAUCUACGAUAUAAAGACAUACAUUUUUUGAAAAUUUAUACAACAGUUUAUUUUCAACGCCAGCGAAUUUUGAAGGAUUAAAAUAGGAAUGUGUAACUAUGACUAUUAAAGUUGUGAUAAUUUUUAUAAUCACCCUCUGUAAUCAAACGUGAUUGUGGAAUGUUCUACCUCCUCGAUGUCAGCUGAUAAAUCUUCAAUGCGGCGGUGGUUUAAAUAUUCUAUUAAACUACCGAAAUUCUAAACCACAAUUAAUAUUUGAUUAAAUUACGGUCAGCUUUUCCGGUGAUAUAAUCUCUGCGCAAGUUUUUUGGAGUACAUUUUACUCACUAAUUUCUUAAUGUGGUGAUAAACGUGCAGUCGCAGCGCGCUUCUUGCAAUGUGACUUUGUGCAACAAUUGUUAGUAUUAAAAAAUAAAUAAAUAAUUGCAUCAACGAAUUAGGCUAGACGUUUGUAUUCGAGUAAAAUCGACGAUCCAGUCUUGAAUAAAACGCAACCAAAACGUCGAACGAAUAUCUAUAUACACAUACAUUUACGACGGAAUAUAAAACUUCGAGAUCAUUUCACAUGCGAGAAAUUAUACCUGCUGUCAUCGCCCUCGAAUCGGGGAAAUCAAAGAUAAAGAAAGGUACAUGCAUUAUUGCGAGGUGUGGAAAGAGCUUGAUCGAUCACCGGGACAGGGUUGAACCGAUAGCGGAGAAAAAAUAGAGGACCGGAAGUCAUUCCCCAUGCUUGUGAGAAACUUUGUCGCAAGUGUGAAGUAAGGUAUUCACGGUGUGCGGAUUGGGGCGAAUCCUCGGCUACAUCGGCGGCAGGCCGUCGGUGGGGGCCAACAUGUCGCAGUCCGGUUCAAACGGUUCGAACGGUUUGAACGUUGGCACCGAUUCGUCGCACCGCACUGGGACCGGUUCCCUGCAGGGACAAACCCUCGGAGCUAGUCAGAAUGGCAAGUCGGUGAAAGAACAUCACCACCAGUCGGACCAGCAGCCGAAGAAGAGCAACGACGCGGUGGAUCUCUCGAACGGCUUCGAAAAUCGCACCAUGGAGUACGAACGAUACGCGCAGGAACGAGCCCAGGAAAGAACCGUGAACCAGAUAAGUCACGCCGGCAUGACUUACCAGAAUCAGGCGCAAACCCAGAGCGGCGUUCAGUACAACACUUCCGGUGACGGUGUGCAGACCAUGCAGCCAGUCCAGUUUCCUCAAACGGGAAGGAUCACCGGCGGUCAACUCGACGACCGCCAUCCGGUGCCCGGACAAAUACCGACCCAGUACGGCCAGGACAAGAUCCAGUCCAUGCAGGAGAGAGUCCAGUACGUGUCUCAGGCCGGGACUCAGAUAGUUCCGGUGCAGGUACAGCCGCAGUUCACCGGCCAGGAAUACCCCGGCGAUCAGGGACAGUUCUCGCAGAUAAGGUCCCAGUUCGAGGUCAGGUCGCAGGCCUAUCCGGGGCAGGGUCAGUACUCGGAGAGGGCGGGUUACGUGACCAGGGACAUCGCGUACCGGGAUCAGUCGGUAUACAGCCAGCCGAAUUCCGUCCCGAUCUUCGGAGGGCAGGGACAGUACGUAACCGUUCAACCGCAGUCGUCACAGUCGGCGAGCCCGCAGCCGGCGUAUUAUUCCGGCGUUGUGAUACCGUCGCAAACAUUCGCCCAGAUCAGCUCGCAGCAGCAGUACCCUUACGGUCAAUAUACCCAGACAGUGAUGAACCCCGGAACCGUGCCGUACGCUGCUCAUCCGGGAAACAUCGUUAUCGGGCACCCUCAGCAGUUCGGACAGCAGUCGCCGAACCCUCAAGGGUUCUCCCAGGACUCGGGACAGUACCAAAAUCAGCCGAUUAUUCAGCCCAUUGCUCAGAACAUCGCUCAGGGGAUGCAGAUCGUCGUGACCGCCGAGCGGCCCACUCGCGGUCCUAAACCGACGGUUCCGCCUCGGGGGAACUCGAAAAUCACCCACGAUUCUAGCGGACAUCGGAAAUCCGCGAGCGUCGACGUUUCGUCGAUACAGAAGCCGGGGAAUCAGGCCCAACACCUGCAAGGUGUUCACAAGUACGACGGGAAUGCUGGAAACCUUCAGGACAUUCAUCGCGGUGAGAUCGCCGGUGUUACCGGGGCUCAGAGUCUCCCCGAAAAUCCGGAAAGAAGGUACUUGGCUCCGAUCAAUCAAAAUCCUAGGACCCGACAGGACGGACUUUACAUCGAUACUAAUGGCGAUAAAAUCGGCAUAGCUUCGGAGGCGGCUGCUUCUGAGUCAGCGCUUUACGUCUCGCGGCCGGAACACCGGAAGUCUGCAUCCGUUGACGUGACGACGAGCUUUCAGAAGAGAAACGACACCAUUACCUUCACGUUCCCGGGUGAUAACCAGGAGAUUUUAGUACCUGGACGGAAAAUGUCUAAUUCGGAGCUGAAGAGGCACGAGGGUGGUAACGCUUUUUCCGGCGUCGGUAUUGGGCCGCCGUUCGACCCCUCGUCACGUCAGGAAAAUCGCAAAAGCGUUAUCGGCGUUGAGCGAAAACCAGAUUGGGGGUGCGCGCUUAGCCCCGGUCAGAGAUCGAUAUCUCACGAGAAUCGACGCUCGGAUUACUUCGAGGAGCACAGGCGGUCGCCGUUAACUCUCGACCAGAAGAGGAUGGACGAAGUGAGGAAGUCCCCGAUGCCGUUCGUCCCGAUACGAGACCUCUCGGUGGACCGGGCCGGCCAGAAGUCACCGUCCUUCGUUAACCAAGCUUUCGAGAAAACAAGACAAGAGCUCGCCGUUUGGGCCGAGCAAAGGCAGCGGCAGGAACUCGAGAAAGGAGGUGGCGGUGGAGGCGGAGGAGGAGGAGGAGGAGGAGGAGUCGGUGCCCCGAUCCAACCGCAGAUGUUCUCCACUAGUCCUAGGUCGAGGAAUCAAUCCGAAGAACGGAAGGACCCGAGGAUCGUGCACCAGGUCGAAGAGAGACGGGAGCUCAGGAUGUCACAGUCGGCAUUUCAGCCGAUACCGAACAUCAGUCAGAACACGAUAAUGGAACAGCGACGUCACCUGCGUCACGUGAGCGCCGAUCUUACCAAACACAUGGAGCUUUCACGGAAGGACUUUGACGAACAGCCCACCGCCUCUUCCAUGGCCAGCCUCGGCGCUAUUGUGCCUGGAAUUGGGUCGCAGAGAACGAGUCCCAGUCUGUGCCAACAGUAUCCGGCCAUCAGCGAGGCCAAAAUUGAUGCCAAAUGCGCCCUGACUAUCGCCACGGACUUUGGGGACGGGUCCGUCAAGUCGAUGGAGCAGGUUGAUCACAUUAUUCACAGCCAUAGAAAGAGCCACAAUCUCGGCUCGACUUUGUUGACUCACAGUAAAAGUCAGACCGAAAGUCUUCAGGCGCAAAACGAGGCUCAGAACGACGGGUCUGGAUCCCAGUUUCAGCAGCACAUACAGAUGCAGAAUCAGCAGAGUCUCGAUCAGAUAUCCGAGAAGUUGUCGCAGUUUGAGAGACAGCAGAGCGAUUUGCAGACGAAACUUCAGUGUCUGCAGAAUCAGAGUCAAAUUUUAGACAAGGUCUCGCAGUUCCAGCACCAGCAGAGCGAUCUCCAGGCAAAAAUGCAGAGUCUGCAAAGCCAGGCUCAGCCUGUCGACAAGCUUAAUCAAAUUCAAACCGGGCAUCAAUAUCACGGCAACAACAACGAGUCGCAGGCGGCAAACAAGUCGCAGUCAGGGAAUCUUCAGACCUCCGAACAAUUUAGCGAGAAGUUAUCGCAGCUCCACAGACAGCAGAGUGAAAUUCAAACCCAUCAAAACAACCUGCAUAAUCAGCUUCAGCAAACUCUUCACCAAGGCUUUCUACCCGGUGGUUAUAAAAGCACUUUUCAGAGCCAAAACCAAAUGGCGGAGAAACUCUCACCCCGUUUGCAACAACACGACGACUCGGAUCCAAACCCAAUUCAAAUUCCGAGCAUGUCCCAGAUGCCCUUACCCAAUUUAUCCCAGUUCGAUAGAACCGAAGUUGGCCGGAGUUCGUUACAGUACAGAUUCACCCAGUGUGACGCGAUUGACGUCGGUUCCAGUGCAGCGAGCUUUGCCAUUGGUAGUAGCGCCAGUUUUACCGGUACACUCAAGAAAGUUCCACCGGAGAAACCACCCCGGACGUCGUUGAUCGUCCAAUCGCCAGAGGCAGAGAGUAACAGGAGUCAGCCGGCCAUCGGACUCAAGCAGACGCCAAAGGCGAGGCCUACGAUUUUCGGCACUGUGGCUUCCGAUCUCAAUCCCAAGGAUGGCAACAGUCGAAGGAGUUUACCGCAAACGCCGGCAGGAUGUACCGGGGCAAAGGGUCUCAGCAUCGGAAGCACUGGAAGCGGUAACGUCGGUUCUGUUCCUGGUCCGGGCCUGGCAAAUGGAGCCAACGUAGAACAUCCGGAUCCGAGAGAUAGUGCCGCUAUCAACACCGAGCACGCGCUGGUGUAUCGGGAUGGGAAUCUGGUCUCUGGCUCGUUGGAGGCGCUCGUCCAACACAUGGUGCCAACCGAGGAGUAUUAUCCGGACCGCGCCUACCUCUUCGCCUUCCUCCUCAGCGCCAGACUCUUCAUAAAACCACACGAGCUCCUCGGCGAGGUUUGCGCUCUAUGCGAACUCCAGCAGAAUCUCACCGGCGAGGGUGGAAAGGAGAGGCUUCAUCGGUUCGUUCCAAGACUCGUCCAGCUCUUGGCCGAGUGGACGGAGACGUUCCCCUACGAUUUUCGGGACGAGAGAGUCAUGAGUCACGUGCGGGCCAUCACCCAGAAAGUGGCUGCCGUCGACGCAACCGCCAGGCAAGAGGUUUCGGCUCUUCUCCAGAAUCUCUUGCUAAGGUUAACGGCCUUGGAAAGGUACGAGGAAGGACUUGCAGGAUUAGCGACCGAAGCCGCCGCCGAGCAACUCACUCAGGUUGACGUCACGGAGCUUUGUCCAUCGGCAUCUGUUCUCGCUCAGCAGCUUACUCACGUAGAAUUGGAACGACUUUCUUACAUCGGCCCGGAGGAAUUUGUCCAGGCAUUCGCCAAAGAGUCACCGCACUUGGAAACUUCGUUCAAAGAUAUGAAAAAAACCAGAAACUUGGAGUCGUACGUGCAGUGGUUCAACAGACUGAGUUACUUUGUGGCAACCGAAGUCUGCAAGCAUGCAAAAAAGAAACAACGAGUAAGAGUCGUCGAGUACUGGAUAGAAACGGCCAGGGAGUGUUUCAAUAUCGGCAACUUUAAUUCUCUCAUGGCUAUAAUCGCCGGUCUCAACAUGUCACCAAUUUCUCGGCUGAAAAAAACCUGGUCGAAAGUUCAGUCAGCCAAGUUUUCGAUACUGGAACACCAAAUGGAUCCGAGCAGUAAUUUCAGCAGCUACAGAAGCACGCUGAAGGCAGCGAUGUGGCGAAGCGCCGGAGCGACUGACGAACGACAGCGUAUAGUCGUGCCAUUUUUCAGCCUCCUUGUCAAGGACCUUUAUUUUCUGAACGAGGGUUGCAGUAACAAAUUGCCAAAUGGACACAUUAAUUUCGAGAAAUUUUGGCAGCUCGCAAAACAAGUUACGGAAUUCAUAGCAUGGAAACAAGUCGCUUGUCCGUUCGAGAAGAACGCGCGUGUCAUCGCUUUUCUUCAAGCGAGCCCUGUACUCACGGAAAACUCAUUGGCUUUAGCGUCGUUCGAAUGCGAACCACCGGAUAAUAACCCAGAGAAAGAACGUUACAAAUCCUUAAAAUCCGAGUUAAACGCUCAGUGAGUUGGAUACGGGCGAUUAAAAGACGUCAUAUUUGAAAGGUACUGAAUACGCGAAUUACGAAUACGAUUAUUUAAGGGAAUAUUACAUAUGGGUGAAUAACUUUAUACCUAUAUUAAAUAAUAUAAUUGAAAUGCGGACGAUAAUAUGAAUGAAACGAUUCUAAACCCAUGGAUUCGUCAUACGUAUGAAUUAUACAUAUAGUCAAAGUAUUACAAGGUAUUAACUAGGAUUUUAAUACCCAUCAAUUGCAUGGUCUGCGUUUGGCCAUAAACCCGGAAAACAUUAUAGAGAUCUCACCUUCAAUAUAAGUACAUAUACUGUAGUUAUACGAUAUAUUACAAAUUGUCGAUAACGCAGCAAAAUUUCAAACUUAACCGUUGAAACACUUUCGGCAAUUAUUUAGUCGAGCGGAAUUUUCUUUGAUCCAUUCUUCUUUCCACUUCGAUUACAACUUUCAAGACAUGACGCUAGGCACGCGGCUUAUGCAAGAUCGGAGGAAUGCUCUUCGAGCAUGUUACUUCUGCCCAACUUCGCCGCCAAUUUUAUGGAACAAUCUCCUAUGAAAUACAUUCAACAUUCAACAAUUCUUGCCCAAGUUUCAACAUGAUUAUAAUUUUUCAAAUCGCAAUCGGCGGUCAUCGGAUUCACGUGACAGUAUCGUAUAGGAGUAAGAAUAGUUCCUAAGCCUCAUCAAACCUCGUGCAUUAAAAAAUCUAAAAUACGGAUAUUACAUGAAUACUAUAUUAUUCGUCAGAUCGCGAUAUUUUUUAAACGAAAAUCUCUCCAAAACCCAGAUGACGGUUUUUAAAUGUAAUACAAUCAUCGGUCAUAUUUCUUAUAAUUACGUAUGUAUAAAUUUGAUAAUUGCUACCAUUUUUUCUUACCUUUCGUCUCAGUCACAUUAGUCUAGGUAUUCUUCUUUGUCACUUUUUUACGAUAAUUAUACGAUAAAUUUUCUUCGCGAAGAUUGUAGACUUUUUAACGCACGAUUCAACUUGUACAUAGCCCUUUUGAUAUACGCUAAAUUAGGUGUGAGUAGAUUCGUUCCUGUAGUUUAAGUUCGAUUUAGGAAAACAAAGUAUAUAACCCGGUUUACGUACUUAUUGUUAAUCGGACUAAGUUUCAAUGGACAACGUUAAACGGAUUUGGUUAUUUCAACCACUAGCAAAAUGCUAAUUCAAAUACUGAGUGUGAUCUUUCCCGUUAUUAAAACCUUUUUAUACGUAGUCGAGAAAGUUAUUAAAAAGACCGUUAUAACUCUACACUAUUUACAGUCCGGAUCGAAGUAAAAAUCCAUCUUUCAUAUACGGUUGUACAUGUGAUGAUUUAAACAUAAUUUCACUGGUCGUGUCCGUACAAGCAUAUUAUGUCGAUUGAACAACAACGGUCAACACCUUACAUUAUAGGUAUACUAAUUCUGCAGAAUAUAAUGUUAGUUUUGAACAAUGAUUAUACAACAAGUUACAACAGUUUUUAAAGUUUAAAUAUAUAAUAUACUUUAUCAAAUUUUUAAUGAAUUUGAAAGUAUAGGGACCAAGUUAAUUUCUUCCGAUCGUGAAUAUAAAUUUCGAGAUCCCAUGAUAAUUUCAUAUAAUAAUCCAUCACUUACAACUGAUAAAUAAAUACGUUUUAUUGAACAUUUCAUCAUUUAAUUAACAAUACGCCUCGAUGUAAUAGUCUUGUAUGUAUUUGAUUUACCCAUCUGCAUUAUUUAGUCAUAUCAAAAUCUUUCAGUGGCCAGCUACUACGUCUUAGAGAAAUAUUUUCCUUAAACCUAAAUCAAUCGAAUGCCUUAAAUAUGAAAAUCUAUAUCAUAUUUUCAUCCACAUAUUUGCUGGUUGUGUUAUGCAAUAUAUUUAUUUUGCAUGAAUGAGAUUGAUUUCGGCUCACUUACAUCGUUUGAUAAUAUUUCGACCAUUUGUCGCAGUCGAUUAUAGCUACAGGCAUGUACAAGUAAAAAAUUCAAAGCCUUUACCCCCCUCAUAAUUUAUAAUUUCUUGAUUUUGAAUUCCACAAGUUUAUAUACAAGGCAUUUGAACUUCAUAGAAUAUAUCGAAGAUAGCUAUACUAUAUGCACGGUAUCAUAGAAUAUUAAAAAUUAAUAUUACUAGAAUUCCAGAAUUGAAUCGUCAAUAUUCAUAACUACAACUAGUAACUGUGAAUCUAAUAUUUACUUCGUUAUAGUGAAAAGUAUAUUUCCGUGACUCUGAUAAAGUUUCCCUGUUUAUUAAAAAAAAUGAAAAAUUCUACACAGAAAUUUUUUUUGGUGGCAGUAUAUCCCUCGGAUAAGAUCUGUAACUCGUAAUUUAUUCGGCUCGACCGUCCCCAGAGAUUGUAAACAUUAUUAUUGUAUCGCAUUUAUUGAGAACGGCGUAUAUUUAGAAAUACGUGCGAGCAAAAAAGUAAUUCCUGUUCAAUAUCUUGGAAUUUUAAUCAUCAUUCUUUGUCGAGGAGCAUUUUCAUUUUGAUUAUUUAUUAUUAUUAUAGUUUUUUCUCAUCGAUUUUUACUUUACUUUACUAAAUUUUCAUAUCUUUUGGAUAUUAUUUAUCAUUUUUUUGUCUUUUUAAAUACUGUCACCUAAUCCUAAUCACCAAUGUCUACAGUAAUAAUCAAUUGUAAAUAAACUGUCGUGUAUAUACCCGUUGUCUAAAUAUAACAUAAUGCUAAACAAUAUAAUGCUAUAGGUGAAUUUAUUGAAAUAAUUUUGAAGCUCCGACAAUGUUCACUUUGACGAGCUUGCUGACAUUUAUGUUAUCGUAUGUAUAAUUAUGACGUCGUGUCAUAUAAUUUCUGCUUUACUCUAGUCACUAGCUAUUAGUUGAACUUAUUAUAUUUAAGAGUAUGUAUAUGUAAAUGAAAGGAUACCGGAUGCUAAUAGGAGUCGUAGUAGCGUAACACGUUAAAUUAUCUACCAUAGUGCAGGUUUCCAAAACUCAUAGUUCGCCGCCAAUUAUUUAUCAAUUACAUGCAACUAGCCAUGUGCAGAUGUGUUGAUGAAAUUUGCAUAAUACUUUACUGUUAUUCUUAGCAUCGGGUAUUCUUUUACGUCGUUUGACAUUUUUCUUAUGUCUUUUUAUGCCUUUAGAAAUUAGAUUAAGAUUGGUUUCAUACCUUUAAUUUAAGUUCGUCCUAUACGUGUUUGGCUAUUAACAUUCCCAUAGCGUAACAAUGUCUAUACGUCUGAACAUCAUAUUUUUACCCCCCUAGCACCACAUAGGUAAAAGCUCACAAUGAAUAAUCAUACGUGAAAAAAAGUAACUCAGCGUGAAAAUAUUUAGAUUAUUUAUGUGAAUUAUUAUAAACAUUCGUAAAUCGCCUCACGUGUUAUUACUUUUGUUAUUUUGUUUCCUCUCAAACAACGCACGACACAAUCGUUUGUGUCAUCUCAUCUAUCAUAUACUACAAUAGUUGCAUUUAUUGUAUUCUUUUUUCCAAAUUAUCUUGAGAAAAAAACGAAAGAUUCAAAUUUCAGUAUUUUCAAUAUAAUCAUGCAACGUAAUGACAUCAUAUAUUUAAAAAAUAUAUAUCACGCUUUGAUCGAGUAAACGAACGUUAUAUUAUGUCGUAAACAAAUUUCAACUCAUUGAGAAGAAAUUAUCUGGACGAUAAACAUAAAAAUAAAACUUGACAAAGUCGGUGUCGUAAAUUGUCGCUACGAGUACGACGUGUAUUGCUGAAUGAUAAGAAAUCAAGAUGCCAAAACAAAGAAGGAGUAUAAAUGAGUAUUCACAAUUACCAUACUCUACGUUUUCCGUAUAAUCACGAAGAGUAUGAUGCUAAACCAUUUUUAAUUUCGUUCACUCAAUUUCUUUUGCACCCAUUUUUUUUAGAGUGAAGCCGAAGCUGAUCCGCAACUUUCGUAUAAACAGUCGCAAUUACGAAUUCGGUAAACUAAUUAUUAUAGCGGAUAUAACAAAACAAUACCUUUUUAAUAGAAAUAAUAAAAUUUUAUUAUUUAAAUAAUAAGCUGUUGAGAUUUUAUUGUUAAUGGCUAUUUAUAAUUCAUACCAGUAUAUUUAUGUAAACCUAAAGUGGAAUUUAAACGAAAACGAACCAGUUGAGUUCCAUAAAUGAGGAAGAUAACAAUUGUACUUCCCACCGUAACCGAUCCUCAACCAUAAUUCACUUUAUUUUCAGUACAAAAUCAUUAUCUAUAACUUUCUUUUUUAUUGUAAAUAAUGCUGCUUUAUACUUGUAUUGAAUUACGUUGACACGCUAUACAUAAUAAUAUAUCUACUGUUGUAAAUAGAUUCAAUAUCAGAACGCAACAAUUAUGUAGAAGCGAUAAUGUCUAUUGAAUAAAGUACAGAUUAACAUAAAUA